CAAAUUAUCUUUUUGAAGACUAGGCAGCAUGGUCUCCGACCUUAGCCUGUUCCAAACGGAACAAACGUACUAAAAAAAAAAAAAAAACGAAACGGAUAAAAUUAUAUAUUUUGAUAGGAAUUUCACAAAAAUAGGAGAAUAAAUUGAUUAAAAAAUGUUGCGCCAGCCGCUGACUCGGGCGAUUGCGUUAAGUUCGCCGUCCCGUGUGGCGCCCCUCGGGGCUCGCCGGUACGCUGAUGCCGUCCCUGCCCAACCUGAGAAGGUGGAGGUGUUCAUUGAUGAUAAACCUGUGUAUGUUCCUCCAGGCACCACAGUACUGCAGGCUGCUGCUCAAGUUGGUGUUGAAAUUCCCCGAUUCUGUUACCAUGAACGUUUGGCUGUCGCUGGCAACUGCAGAAUGUGUCUGGUUGAAGUUGAGAAGUCACCCAAGCCUGUUGCGGCUUGUGCUAUGCCUGUUAUGAAGGGUAUGAGAGUUAAAACUGACUCUGACCUCACUAAGAAAGCCCGCGAAGGUGUAAUGGAAUUUCUGCUUGUAAACCAUCCGUUGGAUUGUCCUAUUUGUGAUCAAGGUGGUGAAUGUGAUCUCCAGGAUCAAUCAAUGGCUUUUGGAUCUGACAAGAGCAGGUUCACCGAUAUUCAUUUCUCUGGAAAGAGGGCCGUGGAGGAUAAAGACGUUGGGCCCUUGAUCAAGACAAUCAUGACCCGUUGUAUUCAUUGCACACGGUGUAUCCGAUUUGCAUCAGAAGUCGCUGGAGUCGACGAUUUCGGUACCACCGGUAGAGGGUCUGAUAUGCAGGUGGGGACAUACGUCGAAAAGAUGUUCCUCUCUGAAUUGUCAGGCAACAUCAUAGACUUGUGUCCAGUUGGUGCUCUCACUUCGAAACCAUAUAGUUUUGCAGCUCGACCAUGGGAGACUAGAAGGAUUGACUCUGUCGAUGUUUUGGACCCCUUGGGUAGCAAUAUAGUCGUAACGACCCGUACUAAUGAAGUAUUACGUAUACUGCCUAGAACCAAUGAGGAAAUAAAUGAGGAAUGGCUGUCUGAUAAAUCUCGGUUUGCGUGCGACGGUCUCAAGCGGCAGCGUCUGGUGACGCCCAUGCUGGCCGACAGCCGCGGCAACCUUACGCCCGUCGAAUGGGAGGAUGCCAUCGUGGCCGCCGCCCGCGCUAUCCAGGAUUGCCCCCCUGACAAGCUUUUAGCAGUGGCUGGCGAUCUGGCGGACGCGGAAUCCCUUGUGGCUCUCAAGGACCUGGUAAACCGGCUUGGUUCAGAGAAUGUUUACACAGAGCGUGACUUCCCUCUAGAGGGUUCUGGCACUGACUUGCGGUCAUCGUAUCUCCUCAAUACUAAGAUUGCAAACGUGGAGGACGCUGAUUUCGUGUUGCUAAUUGGCACCAACGUUCGUUUUGAGGCGCCGUUGCUGAACGCACGCAUCCGCAAGGCAUUCAUACAUAAGGAGACCGACGUUGCGGUCAUCGGACCUAAAAUAGACCUCACCUACGACUAUUUGCACGUCGGUGAUUCAGCUUCCGUUGUAAAGGAUUUGGCGACUGGCUCAUCUUCUCAUGAGGUGCUGAAGAGGUUGGAUGCUGCCAAGAGGCCGAUUGUCAUCUUGGGAGCUGACCAGCUAAAGACACAGGAAGGUUCAGCACUACUCGCUUAUACUCAGGAGCUCGCUCUCAGGCUCCAAGACAAGCUUCAGGAUAAAAACUGGAAGGUGCUGAACGUGCUGCAACGCAGCGCAGGCGCGGUGGCGGCGCUAGACCUUGGCUACCGGCCAGGAGUUGCCACCGCUCUGGCGGCUCAGCCUCGCGUCGUAUUCCUGCUGGGCGCCGACGGUGGCGUCGUCACCAGGGAACAGCUGCCCAAGGAUGCCUUCGUAAUCUACCAAGGUCACCAUGGAGAUGUUGGCGCGAGCAUUGCGGACGUGGUGUUUGCGGGCGCGGCGUACACCGAGAAACGCGCCACCUAUGUUAACGCGGAGGGCCGCGCGCAGCAGACGCUGCCUGCUGUCUCGCCGCCUGGUCGUGCUCGCGACGACUGGAAGAUUAUACGAGCUCUAUCGGAGGUUGUCGGCGAACGUCUACCAUACAACAAUUUGGAUGAAGUACGCGACCGACUCGGUCAAAUCAGUCCCGCUUUAGUGUCGUAUGGGGAGGUGCAAGAUAACAACUACUUCGCGCAGGCGAGAGCUUUAUCAAAGAGUCUCCAGAAGCCUGUAUCUGGCACCCUAGAUGUCCAAUUAAAGCAGCUGGAAGAUUUCUUCAUGACUGACCCAAUCAGCCGGGCCUCGCCUACUAUGGCCAAAUGCGUGCAAGCCGUCAUCAAGCAGAAGUCGUCUGUGUAUUAAACAACUGUGUUGCAUCAGUUCAGUACACGAAUUCUUUUGAAAAAAAUCUUAAGAAGAUUGACGAAUUUAGUACCUGAUCUGACGUAAUGAUGCGAUUAUCCCCCGUCUUAAAAUUUCUCUAGAUAGACCCUUAAUUGUGGUUAGAAGUUUAAGUUGAUUUAUUAACUUCCGUGUGCUGUUUUUUGGAUAAAUAUGAAGAAGCUCUACAUUCAGCAAUACCCUAUAUAGGUUGUAUUGAAUAAUUAAAAGACCGAGUAAUAAAACAUUUAUUUUUUAAUAUAAUUCGUGUAAUGAAUUGUAUCUACGGUUAAAUAUAAGGAUAUGAAAUGUAUUUGUAACUGUUGUCGCUUUUGUGUUAAAAAAUACACUUAUCUCUUUGUAUAACAUAAUUAUUGGUAACUCGCAUUCAUAUAUUUUAGUACAAACCAUUUGCUGACAGACAAAUACACUCACGUUCCACAAUAUAAAAGCGACAGCAGUUAGAAAGUAGGAUAAUUUUUAAAUUCACUUACGCCUUUCUGCAAUCAUUUUUAAAAAGGUAUAGUAUAUAAUAUUUUCAUCAACCGUAUGUGUAUAAUGUGAUUAUUGAUGCUAUUUAUUUUGUUAUUUAAUAGUUAAGCGUAAAAAUGUUUUCAAUAUUUCCCUGUAUUAUUAUAUAACCAAGUAAAUAAUCAAUUUUAGAAUUCAAAAGGGAAGUAAACGUUUUGUAAUGUAAUAGUCUGGUAUUGGAAUGUAAGAACAGAUUUUGUACAUAGUAAAUGUUUGUAGUAUAAAAUAAAAUGUAGUAUAAUGAUUGUCGAA